AUGGAACAACCAGCUUGGAAAAAUAGAAUUCAGGAACUUCUGCAUAUUACAAUAGAUCCAUUUUUACAAGAUUUAUCAAAGACAUGUCUAAAUGAUUCAACUAAAUAUGAUUUCCUCAAUGAUCCAGAAGCCAAGAUUGAUCAGUUUUUAAAGGAUUCUAUUAUAAAAUCUAUGGAAACAUCAAUAUUCCUACCUCCAAUACUAAGAAAGAAAAGGAAAUUGAAUGAAAUAGAUCAACAAUCUCAAUCUCAGGAACAACAACCACAGGAACAACAUCUGGUAGAAGUAAUUAAUCAAGUACGGAAUAAAAUAUUGAAACAUGAUCAUAAAACCAAACCAUUUAACUCAAUAUCAUCAUUGAAAACUCAAAAACAAAUAGAUAAAGAAGAACUAGAUAAAUUUUUGAAUCAAGACUUGAAUCAAUUAGAAAUUUUAUCGGUACCUGAACAUUAUCCUAUAAAGCCUCAAAAUGUAAGUUCAUUAACAGAAUUAUAUUAUUUAACUCAAACAUUAGCUUCAAAUAAACUAUUACCAGGAAGUCAUAAGGCUUUAAUGACAGAAAAUUAUGAAUUAGCUUUGCUAGAAGGUAAAGUUGCAGUAUUAUAUUCGAGAAUUGAAGAAUUGAAAAGACAAGGUAAAUGGUCUUCAAGACAGCCUGAAAGAUUUUAUGAUCCUUUUACUAAAUCCAAAAAAUUUACUUGGGAUAAUCUUUUGAAAGAAGCUAAAUGGAUGGCAGAAGAUUUUAAAGAAGCAAACAAAUAUAAGAAAUUUUGUUGCGUUACCAUGGCUCAAGCAAUUCAAGAAUUUUGGAAUUUAGGUAAAGAUGCAACAUGUAUAAAGAGAAAAGAGCCUGUACAAAAACCAAUAGAGACUGAAAAUGAAGAAUCAAUGGAAGGAGUAAUUACAGAUGCAGAAGCUGAAUUAGAAGUACCAUCAACCAACAUUAAUCCACAAAUAAUUACAAACAACGAAGAUAUACAACAAAUAGAGAGCGAAGAAAAAGUCACCACAUCUUCAAUAUUUUCCAAAUUACAAUUAAACUCAUCUACAACAGUAUUAAAAAUCGAUGACUUGAACAAAUUUGCAAAAUCAGUGCUAAAGUCAAUGCCAGACUAUUUACCAUUAAAUGAACAUAGACAUGGUCAUCCGAUAGAACCAACUGAUCCACCAAUUGUAGCAGUCUCAAAAUUAUUAUUACCAUUUGAAAAAGAUCAAGGUUGGUAUAAAGUUGUAUUAAAAACUGCGAAUGAUAAUAUUGAACCUCAUAGAUUACCAGAUUAUCAAAAGGGAGUUUUUGGAGUACAAUCACAUCGUAAAUUUCAAGCAUUAAAACCACCAAAACCACCAUCAAUUAGUAAUAUAGAAUUUAGAUCACCCACAAUUUGGCUGCCUGAAGAUGACAAAAGGUUAAUUCAUUACGUUGCUGAAUUUUGUUUCAAUUGGGAUCUUAUUGCAGAACAUAUUUCGGUAGGCUCAUUUGCUACAAGUUUAAGAAAAUACGAAUCAAAUAUUGAAAGAAGAACUCCUUGGCAAUGCUUUGAAAGAUAUAUUCAAUUAAAUCAAAAAUUUCAAUUUUCAGAUAUGAAAGGUGGUUAUUCAUAUCAUGCACAACAAUGGCUUGAACAAGCUCAUAGAGCUCAACUGACGACAAAAAGAAGAAUAUCUCCUUUAGGAGUUGGUAAUGAAUCCAUUCAAAGAGGUCAUAGAAAAUUAAGAUGGGCUUCAAUGUUUGAUGCAAUGAGAAAAGCUAUGAAAAAAAGAGAAGUAGCAUUAGCUAAAAUCAAUCAUAAAAGAUCAACAACUGAAACCCAAAUUAAUCAACAAAAUGCAAUUGCAAAUGGUGACAAACGUGCAAAUAUAAGUAAAACACCAACACCUGCUGAAUUAUCAAAGUUGAAAUAUGAAAGAGAUAAAGCUAUUCAACUAAACUCAAGAAGCCGGUUAAUGCAACUUCAACAACAGCAACAACAGCAACCACAACCAAAUAAUCCACAAUUGCAACAACAACAACAACAACAGCAACAACAACAACAGCAACAACGUCAACAACAACCGCAAAUACCACAACAACAAGUACCCACACAACAACAAAUUCCAAUGCAACAGCAACAACAACAACAAAGACAACAACAAUUGCAACAACAAAUGCAACAACAACAACAACAAGCGCAACAAUUGCACCAAAGGAACAAUCAAUUAAAUCAACAACUACCAAAACAAAUGCAACAAGAAGUUCAAAGUCGAUUUCAGAAUCAACCACAAAAUAUUCAAAACAAUCAAGAUUUCAAUUUAGCGCCAACUCCGAGACCAGAACAAAUUUUACAAAGAGCUCAAACUGCAGCAAUGAAUGGAAUGUCAUCACAAACUCAAGUUACUAUUAAAGAUAAUCAAUUCCCACAACAAAAUUCAUUAAAGAUUCCAACAACUACAAAAGAUGGUAAACCAUUAACUAAUGAACAAAUUCAUCAAUUAUUACAAAUGGAAAAACAAAGAAGAUUAUUACAACAACAACAAAGUCUUGAAUUCCAACAAAAUAUGUCCCAUCAAAACAGUCCAGUUUAUGCUCAACAAAUCUUGCAUCAACAACCACAACAAUCUCAACAACAACAUCUCCUGCCACAACUGCAACAAUCAUUACUUUCUCCACAACAACAACAACAACAAAAUUUACGACAAUCAAGUCCCCCCAAUAUGCAAUUCACUUCAAAUCAACAACAACAACAGCAGUUAAGAGCUGCAAUGAAUUCACUGUCAAGUAGUGGUAGUCAAAACCAACAAAGAUUUUUCCAACAAUCUCCACAAACUCAACAAGCAAAUUUACAAUUAAAACUUCCCCCACAACAACCGCAACAACAACAACAAAAACCACCACAACAGCAGCAACAACAACAACAACAACAACAACAACAACAACAACAGAGACCCAGAAUUAAUAUCCCACCAGCUCAAAUAUCAGCUAUUAUAAAUUCAAUUCAAAAUCAAAAUCCAGGAUUUUCAAAAGAACAAGUUACAAAAUUAGCAGCUCAAUAUUUAAAUAAUUUACAGCAACAAGCUCAAAAUAGAAUGAAUAAAAAUAUGCAAGCUCAACAACAGCAACAACAAUCAGGACACCAACAAAAUCAAAUACGUCAACCAAUGAGUGCUACUUCUAGUCCUCAAUUGAAUCAAACUAAUAUGUAUAAUAGUAGUAGUAACAAUUCCAAUAACAACAACAAUAAUACGGCGAACAUGAAUAAUAAUAAUAAUAAUACAAGCAGUAAAUAG